AUGCGAAUGGAUAAAUUGACGGCCAAGUUCCAGCAGGCUUUGAGCGAAGCACAAAGCAGCGCGCUUGGGCGGAAUCACCAGUUCAUCGAACCACAACAUGUCAUGCAGGCAAUGCUUGAUCAGGAUGGUGGUUCAGUCAGACACCUGAUGACCCAGUCCGGGAUCAAUGUGAACCAGCUGCGUUCAGCACUUGGAGAGUCUUUGGAGAAGAUUGCCAGCGUCGAAGGUACGCAGGGAGAGAUGCACUUGUCAGCCGACAGUGGCCGAUUGCUUAAUCUAUGUGACCAGAUUGCGCAGAAGCGCGGCGACCAGUAUAUCGCCAGUGAGUUGUUUGCACUGGCUGCUGUUGAUGACAAGAGCACGCUGGGUCAGCUGUUGCGUGAUGCAGGUGCGACAAAGCAGGCAAUCGAAAGCGCCAUUGAUUCUGUUCGCGGCGGGCAAAAUGUCAACGAUCCGAAUGCAGAGGAUCAACGUCAGGCGCUCGAGAAAUACACGAUUGAUGUGACAGAAAGAGCGGAACAGGGCAAACUUGAUCCGGUGAUUGGCCGCGACGAAGAGAUUCGUCGGGCGAUUCAGGUGUUGCAGCGCCGGACAAAAAACAACCCGGUGUUGAUUGGUGAGCCCGGCGUUGGUAAAACCGCAAUUAUUGAAGGGCUGGCGCAGCGCAUCGUCAACGACGAGGUCCCUGAGGGUGUCAAAAACAAACGAGUGCUUUCACUUGAUUUUGGCGCGUUGCUGGCGGGCGCCAAAUUCCGUGGUGAAUUUGAGGAGCGAUUAAAAGCAGUGCUGAACGACCUGGCGAAACAGGAAGGCCAGAUAAUCCUGUUCAUCGACGAGCUUCACACGAUGGUGGGUGCCGGCAAAGCUGAGGGUGCGAUGGACGCGGGUAAUAUGCUAAAGCCGGCACUGGCACGAGGCGAAUUGCAUUGCGUUGGUGCCACGACGCUGGACGAAUAUCGACAGUACAUAGAGAAAGAUGCCGCGCUGGAACGACGAUUCCAGAAAGUGCUGGUAGACGAACCUUCGGUGGAAGAUACCAUUGCCAUAUUGCGCGGGCUGAAAGAGCGCUAUGAAGUGCAUCAUGGUGUCGAUAUCACUGAUCCGGCAAUCGUAUCCGCGGCGACCCUGUCCCAUCGCUACAUUACCGAUCGAAACCUUCCGGAUAAGGCCAUUGAUCUGAUCGAUGAAGCGGCAAGCCGUAUUCGUAUGGAAAUUGAUUCCAAGCCUGAAUCAAUGGAUCGCCUUGAUCGACGCACAAUCCAGCUCAAGAUGGAACGAGAGGCGUUAAAGAAAGAGAACGAUGAUGCAUCGAGAAAACGCCUCGAAGUUCUGCAGGAAGAGGUUGAACAGUUGGCAAGGGAGUAUGCGGAUCUUGAAGAAGUCUGGAAUGCCGAGAAGUCUGCCGUUCAAGGCAGUCAGCAUAUAAAGGAAGAGCUUGACCGUAGCCGGAUUGAAUUUGAAACAGCAAGAAGGGCGGGAGACCUGCAAAGAAUGUCCGAGCUGCAAUACGCCCGCAUUCCCGAGCUAGAGCGUCAGCUGGAAAGUGCGGAUGAACUAAGCUCAGCUGAAACGACGUUGUUAAGGAGUAACGUAACUGAAGACGAAAUUGCCGAGGUGGUGUCCCGCUGGACUGGCAUCCCCGUGUCAAAGAUGCUCGAGGGUGAGCGAGACAAGUUACUGCAAAUGGAAAACAAUCUGCAUCAGCGGGUCAUCGGUCAAGAAGAGGCUAUAAGUGCGGUAUCCAAUGCAGUACGCCGCUCAAGAGCAGGUUUGUCUGAUCCGAACAGACCUUAUGGUUCUUUUCUGUUUCUCGGGCCGACCGGUGUGGGUAAAACAGAAUUGACCAAAGCGUUGGCGGAGUUCUUAUUUGACACCGAUGAAUCCAUGGUACGGAUCGAUAUGUCCGAAUUUAUGGAGAAACAUUCCGUUGCGCGAUUAAUUGGUGCACCACCGGGGUAUGUGGGAUAUGAGGAAGGCGGUUAUCUAACCGAGGCUGUGCGACGACGCCCGUAUUCUGUAAUUCUUCUGGAUGAAAUUGAAAGGGCGCAUCCGGAUGUCUUUAACAUUCUGUUGCAGGUGCUGGAUGAUGGCCGUCUCACGGACGGCCAGGGAAGAACAGUCGAUUUUCGCAAUACGGUGAUCGUAAUGACAUCGAAUCUCGGCUCGAGUGUGAUUCAGGAGCUGAAUGAAAGUGCCGAACAAGCGGAGAUGAGAAAUGCGGUGCUGGGUGUUGUGCGCGACCAUUUCCGCCCGGAGUUAAACCGGAUAGAUGACAUCACCGUGUUUCAUCCGCUGGAUAAGGAGCAACUUGCGAAAAUCGCGGAAAUCCAGAUUGAAAUUCUGAAAAAACGAUUGGCUGCGCUGGAUAUCGCUCUUGAAGUAUCUGAGGAGGCGCUGGCAUUUCUUUCCAAAGUUGGUUUCGAUGUCACUUAUGGUGCCAGACCGUUAAGGCGGGUAAUUCAGAUGAAAGUGGAAAAUCCGCUGGCGCAACUACUUUUGGAGGGACUUUAUCAGGCGGGGGACACUGUACGCGUUUUCGAAAAAAACAGUUCUCUUGAGUUUGAAAAACUAGAACAAUUAGUCAACUUUUAA